CUCGCAGCACAUAAAGCCGUCACGACCGCCCUAUUACUUUCACGCGCAGCGGACCGCCUUCGACAUUCCUUGGGGCCCGUUCGGAGCCUCCUGCGCCCGGGGUCUCGCCUCACCGCUUUCCCUGGCGCUCUCCCCAGCUGAAUCGCGGCCUUCCGCCGUCCAGAAUCGCCAUGACGACAACAUCGCCAUCGCCCAUUCCGCCCGUGUACCGCCUUGUCUUCCUGUACCUCGAGCCGCUCUCGACGCUCGUCGGCGCCGUACACGCCCACUACCUGCAGGCCAAAUACCUGACGCUGACGCACGCCGCCUCAGCACCAGCACCGGGCGAACCAAUCCCGCCCUCAACGUCAAUUGUGCUCUCGCAACUGGCGAACCUCUACUUGCUCCUCUGCAUCAACGAAGCUCUGGUGCUUCGUGCAACCGCGGACCUAAAAGUCUGGAAGGUCUUCUUGUUUGGACUGCUGGUUGCGGAUCUAGGGCAUGUGUACUCGGUGAGGCCGUUAGGGGCAUGGGUGUACUGGCAGUGGUGGAGGUGGAAUGCGAUUGACUGGGGAAACGUGCCGUUUGUGUAUUUUCUAGCAGCCGUACGAACGUGCUUCUUGGCCGGUGUGGGCUUGAAGCCAGCAUCGGAGAAGGUGAGGUUGAAAAAUACAUGAAACUACGAAAUCAACCUCAAUCAGUCCCCUUUUCGCCUCGAGUCCUGCUCAAACAACCCGCCACUAUCUCCCUAACGAGAAUCUCUAUCCACCGCAAAAAGCUUCCCCAUUUGUACCACGCAGCCGCCAUGCAUACAGCCCUCAACAUAUAUCUCCGACCCCCGAAUCACAUGCACAACGAAAACCACGUACUACCCCAGACCCAGCCUUCGUAC